AUGACGCCAAGUUUUUAUACAACUCCUACUAAAACGUAUGAAAGGCGAAUCAGAACACAAAGACAAAGAGAAGAACUAGAAAACACAAAUUUGAAAAAAUCUAUAGAAGAAGAAGGAGAACAUGAAAUAGAUGUUUCUUCUACAAAUGUAGAAAGAGAUGAUAGAGCAGUUGAGGAGGAACAAAAUGAUAUAGCCAUUCCAGAAAAGGAGACAUCUCCUAUUGUUGAAUUAUCUCCGCUCAGUCCUUCACCCGAUAACUUCAUUGUGAAGUCGAUUAGGUAUGCAAAUUACAAUUUGGAGUCAAUGAUUGAUAGGUAUCCAAACUUAAGAGGUUCUUUAACUGUUAAGUCGGAGUUACAUGUGAAUACAAAUAUUCCAAAAAAGUGGAUUUUGCUCUCGAUCGAUAGAAAAGCAUUUUCUGCUUAUCCAUGGGGUCGUAUUAGCUAUGAUAUUACAAUUAAGCAUCUAUUGAAAGCGGUGAAGACUAUUGAUGGGAAGACUACCAAUCUUUAUGGCUUUCCAUGGGCCUUUAUGUGUUGGGCAUUUGAGGUUGUUCCUUUCCUCCAAAAGAAAUAUAAGGUGUUUUCGAAACAAGUGUCUUCACCGAGGAUUUUUCGAUGGCUUUUGGCGACUAAUAACGAAUUAGUUGACAUUAAUGAGUUGUUUGAUCCCCCUCAAGACUCGAUUGUGCAUCCAUGGAUAAUUCCUACAUCUAGUGAAAUGGAAAUGGAAUUUUUCACUAAGUUUGUGCCUAAGAAAUUAACCAAGGAUGAUAAGAUUGAAAAGCUUGAGAUAGAUUUGAAUGGUGUUGUGGCUAUAAAAAGAGACAUCAUAAUUGAUGAGCAUAAUCUUGAUGUAGGAGGUGGAGGAGCAUCUUCUCCAAUUUUUGAGAGAGUUUUUAGUGGUGUUGGUGAUGGAGGAGGAGGAGAAUUUACUCCAAAUGUUGAUAGAUGUACUGAUGGUGUUGAUUUCGAAAGAGGAGGAGACUUCGGUGAUAUUAGUGGUGGUUUUGGAGUAGGAACAUCUUCUCCGAUCGAUGAGAAUGUUCCUUGUCUUCAAGAAACUCCAUCCACUAAGGAGACGAUAGAUUUAUUGAAUGUCAGGGUAGAGUCUUUAGAGAAAACUAUCGUCACCAUGAAUGCUAAGAUUGAGUCUUUAGAGAAAGCUAUCGUCACCAUGAAGUCUAAGAGAGGUAUUAGGCCAUCAUCAAAGAUUUCUCAUCCAUAUACUCCCGACUAUGUUAAAAGAACAAAGAGACAAAUUUCGGAGGCAUAGUCAAGUGCUAGAAAAAAGAAAAAGGGAAAAGUGAAUGAGACCAUUAUCGAAAAAGAAUUGGUGUCCGGAGAUAGUAAAGAUGAAGGGGCUGAUAUUGCAGAUGAAGGGGCUGAUUCGAA